AUUCGCGCACUUUUCAACACUGCCCAGCGCGCCAUCUUUUUUUCUUCACAAAACAUAUUUUUUCGUCCUGCUUUUUGGGUGUGUUCGCUGCGCAAAAGGCGAGAAAAAGCCAGGAUAAGCAAGGAAAACCCAGGAAAAACCGAGCAGCAAACACCCACUGAUAGCCAGCGGGAAAAAGGAGCACGCACAUACACACGCACCACAAGCCAUAUCCAUAUCCAAUCAUAAUGCCACGCUACCGGGAAUGGGAUUUGGCCUGCAAGGUGUACGUGGGCAACCUGGGCAGCUCCGCAUCCAAGUACGAGAUCGAGAACGCGUUCAGCAAGUACGGACCCUUGCGCAACGUUUGGGUGGCCCGUAAUCCGCCCGGCUUCGCCUUCGUGGAGUUCGAGGAUCGCCGCGAUGCGGAGGACGCGACCCGUGGCCUGGACGGCACCCGCUGCUGUGGCACCCGCAUCCGCGUCGAGAUGUCCUCCGGCCGUUCGCGCGAGGGGCGUGGUGGCGGCGGCGGAGGCGGUGGAGGAGGCGGCGGGGGCGGAUCCGGGGGCGGAGGCCGCGGCGGAGGCAGUGGCGCCCGGGCCGGAGGAGGCGGUACAAGGGCCGGCGAUGGCGGCGGUCGUUAUAGAUCCCGCUCACCCCGUCGCUCCAGGACACGCAGUCGCAGCUUCUCACGGGAUCGUCGCAGUCGCUCCGAUUCGAGGGAUCGCCAUUAGAUGAGCACAGUAAGGAGGAGCAGCCCCGAUCCGGACAACACCCUAUUGCUUAUACAUAUAUAUAUAUAGAUAGAGAUAUGUAUAACACAGCCACACAGUUUGGGGCCAAAAAUGUGUCUGUUUUGCCCCCUACGAGAAGAGAGCGCCACAGAUUCCUUAGUUUGACUCAAAUAUUUCCUUCCUUGCAAAACGUAUACAUAUAUAUAUCCCCUCCAAAAACAAAAUAUUAAAGAAGUCGAGCAACUCCACAAAAAAGACCACCACACAACCCAGCCAUCUCCGAUCUGGAUCUGGAUCGCAAGUAUAGCCACAGUACAAUUACGGUACAUAUUGGUAUUUAGGCUUUAAGACUUUGGUAGAUUUUAAUUCCGAAAAAGUGAAAAAUAAGUAAUCCAGCAACCAACAACUUCAACACACAAAGAGUGAGGCAUCAGAAGAAAGAAGAAGGUAAAUGCGAUUCUACAUACAUUAUCCAUUUGGUUCUUCUCUGAAUCUGUCGCAACACAAAAUGUUUAUGAGAAAAGUGAACAUAAAGAAAACGUAAGAAGUUCUAAAUAGAUUGACGAAAGUGCAAGUAAUUAAGUCGUAAAAUGAGAAUCAAUAAAUUGAACAUAAUUUAAAACCAAAA